UUGAGGGUCUCCUCCCUACCUGUCUCUCCAGGUGAGCCCGGGGCUCCACACUGAGUGCUAACAUGCUUCGUCAGUCCGAGCCGACCAGCAGCACCCUGCAGCUGGUGGCCAACGACAUGACGGGCAUCAUGGAUAAGCUGGACGACCGAGAGCUGGACCUGGAGGAUGGAGAGUUUGACACCCCGGACGCUCACCUCUCAGCCGAGCGUCUUCCUUUCAAGGCGAUCUACAACAUGGUGGCCUUCAAAGAGUCGGAGGCCAAUGUCUUCCUGUCGUCUCCGAUCACCGCUAAGAUCCUAGAGGUGGAGCGCUUCACCUCGGCUCAGGACCGCUUCAACGUCACCGCGCAGAGGAGCGUCAACAAGUCGCUGCCGGCGGUGUUUAAGAUCGAGAUGAAGCACGGGGAGUUCACGUGGCUGGUGAAGAGGAAGGAGAAACACUUCAUGGAUCUGCACAGAGAGCUGCGGACGUACAAAACCUUCAUGAGGCUGCCGCUGCCCAAACGCAGGUCUGCGUUCUCCCCUUCUGGAAUAACCAACACGGUGAAGAGGCAGGCGGUCACAAUGAGCGAGGGGGAGCAGAUGCCGAACCUCCCCCGAGUGGGAGGAGACGAUCUGGAGAGGGAGGACCAGGUCUCCAGCCGAAGGAAACAACUGGAAGAUUACUUGAAUAAUCUGCUAAAGAAGCCGAUGUACAGGAACUACCACGCAACGAUGGAGUUCAUUGACGUCAGCCAGUUGUCCUUCAUCCAUGAUCUGGGACCAAAAGGCUUAGAAGGAAUGGUGCUGAAGAGAUCUGGCGGACAUCGGAUCCCCGGGCUGAACUGCUGCGGGCGCAGCCGGAUGUGUUACCGCUGGUCCAAACGGUCAGGACACAGUUCAUGUUAUCUUUCUAAUACUCAGACCUGCCUUUUGAUAUUAUAGAGAAACUUCCAGUUUCAACUGUGAUUAGAAUUUAUAACGGAAAUGUUGGCUCUGCUCACAUUCAUCUCCAUUUCCAUAUGAUUAGUUUUUUGUGUUUAUGCUGAUUGUCGAUGUGAAGAUAAUUUCUUUAUGUAAACAGCUUGAAAAAUAUUUCUGAUAUUUCAACUUCCUACACAUGUUGUAAAAUCCUUUAAAACAAAAAUAAAUGGGUUUUAAAAUGA